CCUCUGCGAACCCAGCAAGGGGGUUCCAUGAGGAACCCAGUAGCGGGUUUUGCGAACCCAGCUAUUGGGUUUCGCAAACCCAGUCCCAAAUCUGGGUUCCUCGCGGAACCCAGAGGAACCCGCUAACCCAGUCCCAAAUCGAGUCCCGGAGAGCCUGACUGCUGCUUUCCCUUUCUUCAAAAUUAAUAUUAAAAAAAAAAAAAAACCCCUCGAAAAAACAGUUUUUAAUUUUUAUUUUAAUCCUUGUUUUGUGUUUUUCUUUGAUGCUGGGCAUGGCCGGUCUUGAUUUAGGAACUGCUCCUCGUUACGUCCACCAGCUGCACAGACCCGAUCUCCACCUCCAGCAUCAUCCAGAGCAUGAAGACGGUGAUGGAGAAGCUGGCGGUGGUGGUCAGUUCUCCGCCACUGAUCACCACGACGAUGGCACUCAUCACCAAGGCUUGGACCUUGUCAGCAUGGGGAACAACACCGGGCCUGGUGACAUCGUGGCCAGGAGGCCAAGGGGUCGCCCACCGGGCUCCAAGAACAGACCUAAACCCCCGGUUAUCAUCACCCGUGAGAGCGCCAACACACUUCGAGCUCACAUUCUCGAAGUUGGGAACGGCUGCGAUGUGUUCGACUGCAUCGCUAACUACGCCAGGAGACGACAGCACGGAAUCUGUAUUCUCAGCGGAAGUGGAACCGUCACCAACGUCAGCAUUAGGCAACCAGCGGCGGCAGGAGCUAUAGUCAACCAGAUUUGGGACUGGGUUAGCGGGUUCCCGCGGAACCCAGAUUUGGGACUGGGUUUGCGAAACCCAAUAGCUGGGUUCGCAAAACCCGCUACUGGGUUUCAUGAACCCAGGUCUUGGGUUCCUCAUGGAACCCCCUUGCUGGGUUCGCAGAGGAAGAAGGUUGAGAAAGAGGAAAGGGCGGAGGGAUAAGAGAGAAGAAGGGAGGAAGAAGAAAAAGAAUAUAAUAAUAAUAAAUUAUAUGAGUUUUU